AGAUAAAAUGUGGAUAGAAAGAGAUGAGUUGUAGAUGCAAAAAAAUCUUUAGAAACAAUAUGAUUGGCUAACUAAGCCCUCUCAUUACCCCACAAAAUUUCUCAUAUCUUUCACUCUUCACCACUCAUCUCCUCGUUUCCUCAUAAUAUUCCCCCACUUCCACUCUCUCUCACACAAUCUCCAACACUACUGCCCAUUCCUCUGUUCUUUCUCUCUACUCUCAACCACAGAGCUUCAAGUACCCAUGGCCUCCACCGCCACCUCCGCCACCCUCCUCCGGGCCACCCCUUUUCUCGGCCAGACCAGAGGCUCUCCUCAAAACCCCCUCAGAGAUUUCGUCGCCAUGGGAACUGGAAAAUACACCAUGGGAAAUGAUUUGUGGUAUGGACCCGACAGAGUUAAGUACUUGGGGCCGUUUUCAGCCCAGACUCCAUCGUACUUGAACGGUGAGUUCCCUGGUGAUUAUGGAUGGGACACUGCUGGCUUGUCCGCCGAUCCCGAGGCCUUCGCCAAAAACCGAGCUCUUGAGGUAAUCCACGGGAGGUGGGCGAUGUUGGGUGCAUUGGGUUGCAUAACACCCGAAGUCUUAGAAAAGUGGCUUAAAGUGGACUUCAAGGAGCCAGUAUGGUUCAAGGCAGGAGCCCAAAUCUUCACAGAAGGAGGUCUAGACUACCUAGGCAACCCCAACUUGGUCCACGCCCAAAGCAUUCUAGCCGUGUUGGGGUUCCAAGUCGUCCUCAUGGGUCUAGUAGAAGGGUUCCGCAUCAACGGUCUCGAUGGCGUCGGCGAGGGCAACGACCUCUACCCAGGCGGUCAAUACUUUGACCCACUCGGACUGGCUGAUGACCCUGUCACCUUCGCGGAGCUCAAGGUGAAGGAGAUCAAGAAUGGACGUCUUGCCAUGUUUUCUAUGUUUGGAUUCUUCGUUCAAGCGAUUGUGACAGGAAAGGGUCCUCUUGAGAACCUUCUUGACCACCUUGAUAACCCAGUGGCUAACAAUGCUUGGGUUUAUGCCACCAAGUUUGCUCCUGGCUCAUAAGUAUAUCACGGUAAUUACUGAAAUUGAACAAGUUUGUUUGUUUGUUGUGUAAAUUGUCUGUAGUUCUCUGGGUGUUCUUUUUGGUGUGGAUGGAUGUGAUUAUAAUUAGAUGGCUGAGUAUUAAAGUGGAUCAAUGGAAAUCAAUUCUCACUUGAUCAAA